AGAGAGAGAGAGGAGAAGAGAAAACGAGGAGAGAGAAGAGAAGAGAAGAGAAGAGAGAAGCGCACGCACGCGCGCGCGGAGAGGAGAGGAGGAGAAGCGCGCGCCCGCCGCCGCCGCCGCCGCCGCCGACGGGAAUCUCGCCGGGGCCGUCGUUCCGCCCCGAUCUCGAUAUAGUACCAAGAUAAUACACCUGCUUGUCAAAUGAUGAUGGGUUUGCUAGCGUUUGAGAGCAACCAAGGGCUCUGGAAUAGUGGAUAUUAUUCCCAGCUGUUUGGGAUUGGAGGAGUUAUGGUCACUGUUGCCAUUCUUUGGUUAUCGACAGGCUACUUUGGAGGAAUUGGUGCUCCUUUUGCCCCAUAUUUUUGGCCAUAUCUAGCACAACUUCCAAAGAAGAAGGAACGGAAAAGGCCUGUGAGAGUGUACAUGGAUGGAUGCUUUGACCUCAUGCAUUAUGGCCAUGCAAAUGCAUUACGGCAGGCCAAGUUGUUGGGAGAUCAACUUGUAGUGGGAGUUGUUAGUGAUGAGGAGAUUGUGGCGAACAAGGGUCCACCUGUGCUUUCAAUGGAAGAGAGGUUGACACUUGUUAGUGGAUUGAAGUGGGUGGAUGAGGUCAUUCCCAACGCGCCCUAUGAGAUCACGGAAGAAUUUAUGAAUACCCUCUUCAAUAAAUAUAACAUUGAUUACAUUAUACAUGGAGAUGAUCCUUGUCUUCUACCUGAUGGAACGGAUGCUUAUGCGUUGGCAAAGAAGGUUGGACGCUACAAGCAAAUCAAACGCACUGAAGGUGUCUCAAGCACUGAUAUAGUCGGGAGGAUACUACUGACAUUCAAGCAGAAAGAAGCUGGCAGUAUGGAAGCUACCACAGAUGCAAAUGUUGCUGUCAAUCAGAACACUGGAGCUGAUACAUAUGAUAAAGUGAAAAGUCAGCUAUCCAAUUUUCUUCCAACAUCUCGCCGGAUAAUGCAGUUUUCAAAUGGACAGGCUCCUUUGCCAGGUGCUCGCGUUGUGUAUAUAGAUGGUGCUUUUGACCUUUUUCAUGCCGGCCAUGUUGAGAUCCUCAGAAGUGCUAGGCAACUUGGUGACUUCCUUCUUGUUGGUGUCCAUGAUGACCAGGCAAUCAGGGAUAGAAGAGGGUAUCGUCCUAUCAUGCACCUCCACGAGCGUACUCUUAGUGUACUUGCAUGUCGCUAUGUUGAUGAAGUUAUAAUAGGCGCCCCAUGGGAGGUUUCAAGGGAUAUGAUCACUACAUUUAACAUUUCAUUGGUUGUGCAUGGGACAGUAACCGAGGGUAGUUCUGUGGUCGGUAUUGAUCCAUACGCCGUUCCAAAGAGCAUGGGUAUCUUCCAAACAAUCACAAGCCCCAAACCUAUAACAACAGUUUCAGUUGCUACCAGAAUAAUUGAUAACCAUGAAGCUUACAAGAAAAGGAACUUGAAAAAGAAGGCAAGCGAAGAUAGAUACUACACACAAAAGAAAUUUGUCUCUGGAGAUUAAUGGCUAGAAAUAUUGUGGCACUUAUUUUUGCACUAAAACAGAGAGGGGGGACGGCAUGCCGCCACAUAUAUUCAAGAUAAUUCUACAACAGAGAUUGCAACAGUUACUCGGCUAUAGAAAGGUCAUAGUCAGUUAUAAUUGAUGGCCAUUCAUCAUGGGAACCAGCUCAAGGAACUAAAUUAACAGCCAGAAUUCAAAUACAUGAUUCUUUUUCUUUUCUUUUCUUUUUUUACUUUUGUUGUCCCUGGAGGGGACAAUAUUCAUCGCUGAACAGGUGCUCAGCAAACCACUGUUGUAUACUUGUAUGUUAUUACUUAACAGUGUGUGGAGUGAUUAGAGUUGCAUACUCCCUAAUUGUAUCAAUCGACACUUCUGAGACAAUGAGCUGUGCGAUGACCGUGGUCUAUUUCAUUUAUUUCA